CGGAAAUCCGCCGUCACGCCGUAUCUCCGAUCAGCCUUCACUUUAUAUUGGCGUCCCAGUCUCCUCAUCUGUUUCUUGUCUUACCUCCCGCGGCUAUGAAUUCUCAUGCUCCGUCAAGAACCCCGGAUGAGAAGGAAGGAUCAGGCUACACUACAAUUUGCUAUGGAGACGAGCAAACAACACCACUCUUCAUCCUUCAUACCCGUGUCCCAGACUACAUAUCCAAUAUCAUUCUUUGUGUCACGACUUACAAGCAGGCAAACAGCCAAAACGAUUCUACCUUCAAACGGACCUUGUAACGGACUCAACAGGGCUCAUCCGCUCCGGCACCAGAUCCUUAUCCUGAAGAGCGGGCCUUUGCACUUUCGUGAACUUGGUUUUUACAAACAUCCAAGUCCUCUUCGGUUCCGCGGUUGGUCAGGAGCCGGCUGAGCAACAGCAGCAUUGACUCAUCCCAGCCGUCUCCUGGGACCGAUCGAGAUGCAUAUACACUACCCGUGCCUCGCUAUAGGGGAUAUUCUUCCCCCAAAUGUUCUCGAACCAGGCCCUUUCAAUGCUUACUCCCGUCUGCACUGCACCACAGUUGGUGCGUGAAUAUGUAGCAGGUACCCGACGAUCCUGGCGCCUAGCCAGGUCUAGGCUCGUCUGGAACCCACCAACCAUUCUGCGCUGUAGUACGAGCGGUUGUACCGAAUGGUAGCUGUGCUCCUCUCACCCGCCUCAUCCCUCUUUCCUCUUCCCUUCAGAUACAUCUUAUACGAAACCCCAGGCUCCCGUCGCGAUACUCGCCUUCUUACCUUCAUCUAUGAACCUUUCAC